ACAUAAGCCAUCAAAGCCAUUUUACCGCUGACCACUCAUAUUUCCGACUAUUUUUCUUCCCCGUCUUGUUACCAAAGUAGCGCCGCUUGGAUAGAACAGCGAAGACAUGGCAUCCAAUCUCGAUUUUGCCGAGGAUAUCGAGGAAGCCAAAGUAUACAUGGCAAAGAAAAAUGUUUUCCAAUUGUUCGAGAGCCUUUUGACCGCAGUUGUUCACAAUCGACCCGAAAACCCGGUAGAGUUUCUUCAGGAAUGCCUAGCAAUUGCCAAACAAAACAAAGACCUCAGAUGGAAUUCAUUUCUUGAAGUGCAGAGCAGAACCAAUAAGAGCUCACAGACAAUAGGACAGUUUGAUAAGGUGUUUGAUACAGAAGUUGAAACGAAGUCUAGUGGCUGAACAAGAAAGAUAGAAAAAGACGCUGAAAGUUACCUAUUUAUUUCUUUUUACUAUGAGAAAAAAAUAUAGAGAAAUCAAUUAUAUUGAAAACACAGCGUUAUUCAGGUUUUGAAUCAUGUGUCAGUGUUCCAAAAAUCUGAUCAGGUCACCAGCCUUGACCUUAGUAAAUAGUAUUUUACUUUUGAUGUUUUUUAUGAAUCAGAAUAUGUUUUAUGUUCUGCAGAGCCUGCAGGCAGGUUAGUGAGAUCCGCUCUUUGUCAAGAACAGUGUGUUAUUAUUUAGAAUGUAAAACAACUUUUACACUCGUAAAUGCCAGAAACAUUCGUGUGUGACGAGAUCGGAUAUCAGUUGUUUAAAGUGAUGACACUUCUUUGCUCUUAGUUGGAAGUGAGCGUUAGCAGGAUGAGAAAUUUUGAUCGAAAACCUGAAAAGGCGAUGUUGUGUUCUUAACGUAUUUGUUACGCUUGUGGUAUCAGAUCAUUUUAGAUGGGUGUUUUUUUGUUGUUGUUGUUACUGAAUGGCGCACAACACUAGAGAGAUUGACCGCUGCAAAAACAGAUACAGAGUUCACAGAGGAAAAAAUGGGACAUGGACGUGAACUUUUUUUUUUCUGUGCAAUGUACCUGCUCCGAACCGUUUCUCAAAAAGAUUAUAAGUGUGACUAGUUAUUAUUGCUGACUUUGUAAAUACCUAUAAAAUGAUAAUUGUAUAAACCGGUUCCAUUUAAAGAGAUUGUUUUUUAUUAAUGCUUUUUAUUAAAGAAAUUUU